AUGACGCGAGGACAUGCCGUACCAGACAACGCCAAGACCGUCGACGAAGACGCCGACCAUUCCAAGGACGAGGAUGUAGUGGCCAAGACUGAGCAGGCUAAAGACGGAGAGGACGAGGACGAGAAGGACGAAGACGAGAAGGACGAGGAGAAGAAUGGCGAAAACCAGCCAAAAGAUGAGAAUACUCCAGAAGAAGGACCCCAAGCAGACGAGUUUGAGGAUGCCAGCGAAGAGCUUGAGAACCAAGAUACCAAGAAGGAAGACGCGGAGGAGAAGUUCGACGAGCCAGAGCCCCAAGAUACAAAGGAAGAGUCAGACGACCAGUUCGACGAGCCAGAACCCAGUCUAGAGGCGGAGAAGAAGAUCGAGCCAGAAAACGACAAGGUCGAAUCAGAAGACGACAAGGAAGAUGGUGUCAACUUUGACAGCUCAGAUCAGAAAGAGGAGAAGCCUGUCCAGAACGAUGGAUUCGACGACGACGGAUUUGUUGAAGCAGGGGACAAGGCACCAGACGAUGAUGGGUUUGGCGAUGAUGACUUUGGGGACGACUUUGCUGAGCCUGCUCAGGCCGGCGCUGACGACUUCGGGGAUGACUUCGACGACUUUGAGGAGGGAGCCGAGGUCAAUAACGAUGCUGACUUUGGCGACUUUGACGAUGCCGGAUUUGACGACGACGACGACUUCCAAGAAGCCGAAGGGUUCUCAGCUCCAGCACCCGCUCCCGAGCCGAAACCACGGCAACCAGAAUCCUCAUUAGGUUUCCAAAUACCCGACUUCACCCACCUCUCCCCCUCCGAAAUCCUCUCCCUAACCUCCACCUACCUCAACGCGCUCUUCCCUCCCUCUCCCGACCUCGACGGUGACGACUCCGACUCCUCUCCCAACUCCAUCCCAACCCUCAACGUCACUUCCAACGGCGUCGACCCCAUCUUCCAACACCCCCGCUCCGCCUCUCUCUGGUCCCAACUCGUCGCUCCCCCUCCCCUCCAACCCCCCGAUUGGAUCCGCUCCCGCAUCCGGCGUCUCUUCCUCGUCUCCCUCGGCGUGCCCGUAGAUCUAGAUGAGAUCCUCCCCGCUUCCAAGCAAAAGAAACUCGUCUUGCCCAGCUUGGACUCUCCAGGAGGCGACGCCGAUGGCGACGAACGUGCAGGCAGGUCAAGAAGACCCAGCGCAGCUCGUCAAACCCGCUCCGUUGACUCCCGCGGAAAUCCCACCUUAAGCCGCACACCUUCAAAGCAACCAGUGAACAAGACAGUCACUUCCGCCGCCACCGGUAGUGCAAACCGCUCCUCCUCCUCAGCAAGGAAGGGCCCACCUCCGGAGCCGGUGUUUGAUCUGGUUGCUGCGAAACAAUUUUGUGAGACGACGGAUGAGGCAUUGUCGGGAAUGACGGUUAAGGAAUUGAGGGAGCAUGUUAAAAAGUUGGAGGCGAUGCAGGGACUGGCGAGCGAGGUGUUGGUUUAUUGGCAGCAGAGGACGGAUGAGAAGAUUGGAGAUCGGGAGGCGUUUGAGGGGGUUAUUGAGAAUUUGGUUAAGCAUGCUCGGAAGGUUAGGAAGUAA